AUAUAUGCAGCCAUUCAGUCGCGUGUUGAAGAAUAAUCCAGAGAGUCAUAGAAUUAAGAGUGUUAUUGUGUGUAUUGGUUUGAAAGAUUAAUCAGUUAACUUGAAGUAAUAACGAUUUGGUUUGGAAGUUUUUAACAGUUAUCCUCAUAAGAGAUAUUGGGCUUGGUUUGAAAAUGAAGUUAGUCACAAGAUUAGUGUCUUUGUGCCUCCUGGUGAGUGCUCUGUGCACUGCCAAGAAGGAAGAUGAUUCUAAAAAGGACAGUGUAGGGACAGUUAUUGGUAUUGAUUUAGGAACGACUUACUCGUGUGUUGGUGUUUUUAAGAAUGGUAGGGUUGAAAUCAUUGCUAACGAUCAGGGUAACAGAAUUACGCCGUCUUACGUUGCCUUCACGCCCGAUGGUGAACGGCUCAUCGGAGAUGCAGCAAAAAAAUCAACUACAACCAACCCCGAGAACACGGUAUUUGAUGCCAAACGUUUGAUAGGCCGAGAAUGGGGUGAUACCAUGGUACAGAAAGACAUUAAGCUUUUCCCAUUUAAGGUAAUUGAGAAAAACAAUAAACCUCAUAUUCAAGUUGACACUUCUAAAGGAGUAAAGGUCUUUGCUGCCGAGGAGAUUUCUGCUAUGGUCUUGUCAAAAAUGAAAGAGACCGCCGAGGCAUACCUGGGUAAAAAGGUGACCCAUGCCGUUGUCACGGUGCCGGCGUACUUCAAUGACGCCCAGAGACAGGCUACAAAAGACGCGGGUGUUAUUUCCGGGAUGACUGUAAUGAGGAUUAUCAACGAGCCAACGGCUGCUGCUAUCGCAUAUGGUUUAGAUAAGAAAGAAGGAGAGAAGAAUAUUCUUGUUUUUGAUUUGGGUGGUGGCACUUUUGAUGUCUCGCUCCUAACCAUUGAUAACGGUGUGUUUGAAGUAGUGGCCACAAAUGGAGAUACACAUUUAGGUGGAGAGGAUUUUGACCAGAGAGUCAUGGACCAUUUCAUAAAACUGUAUAAAAAGAAAACUGGCAAGGAUAUCAGGAAAGACAACAGGGCUGUUCAGAAGCUUAGACGAGAGGUGGAGAAGGCUAAACGUACGCUGUCUACUGCUCAUCAAGCGAGGAUUGAAAUCGAAUCCUUCUUUGAGGGUGAAGACUUCAGUGAGACUCUCACUAGGGCAAAGUUUGAAGAGUUGAACAUGGAUCUUUUCCGUUCAACAAUGAAACCUGUACAAAAAGUAUUGGAAGAUGCAGACUUACAGAAGAAAGAAAUUGAUGAGAUUGUUUUAGUGGGUGGUUCUACACGUAUUCCCAAGAUUCAGCAGUUGGUCAAAGAAUUCUUCAAUGGCAAGGAACCAACUCGUGGAAUCAAUCCUGAUGAGGCUGUGGCUUACGGUGCCGCAGUUCAGGCUGGUGUGCUCAGUGGAGAAGAGGAUACAGGUGAAUUGGUCUUGCUGGAUGUUAAUCCCUUGACCCUGGGCAUUGAAACUGUAGGAGGUGUCAUGACAAAGUUGAUUCCCAGGAACACUGUAAUCCCAACUAAGAAAUCCCAAGUGUUCUCUACUGCUUCUGAUAAUCAAAACACUGUUACCAUUCAGGUAUUUGAGGGUGAACGACCAAUGACAAAAGACAACCAUCAACUGGGUAAGUUUGACCUUACUGGCAUCCCACCUGCCCCAAGAGGUGUCCCUCAGAUUGAAGUUACAUUUGAAAUUGACGUUAAUGGCAUCUUGAGAGUAUCUGCAGAAGACAAGGGAACUGGGAACAAAGAAAAAAUUACAAUUACAAAUGAUCAUAACAGACUCACUCCAGAAGACAUAGAAAAAAUGAUCAAAGAUGCAGAACAGUUUGCAGAAGAAGACAAGAAACUCAAAGAAAAAGUAGAGGCUAGAAAUGAACUAGAAUCUUAUGCCUAUUCUUUAAAGAAUCAGGUGAGUGAUAAAGAAAAACUCGGUUCUAAGAUCACUAAUGAAGAAAAGGAAAAGAUUGAGGAAGUUUUAGAAGAGAAGAUUAAGUGGUUAGAAUCAAACCAGGAUGCUGACACUGAAGAAUUCAAGCAGCAAAAGAAGGAAAUUGAAGAUGCUGUUGGUCCUAUUAUUGCCAAACUGUACUCUGGGGCUGGAGGUGCUCCUCCUCCUUCAGAAGAAGAGGAUGGUAAAGAUGAAUUGUAAUUUAUAUGUAGGAUGUAAUUAAAUUUCAGUAUAAAAAAAAAAACUUUAAGGUGAGGUCAAGGAGAGUAUGUGGAAACAUGAAGGUCAUCCAAUGUGAAAAUGUUUCAUAUGUAAAAGUGAGUAGUGGCAGCCAAGAUAGUUCAUCCUCAUUCCAAUCUCAGUCAUACAGGUUGCAACUCUGACUUUCCUUGACUUUAAUUUCUGAAAAGCAAUCACAUUUUGGUUGUUGUGUAUAAGAGUGUAACAUCCGGUUUUUCUUCACAUUGAUUUUCUUGUGGUCAAUAAGUGUUUGGAAGUUGUAAUUAAUAAAGUAACUUAAUAAACAAAAAUGUACACUUAGUUGUUUCAAUGUUUAUUACAAGUACUUGAUAGGUAUAUGUUUAAUACUUGAGGCAAAAGUAAAAUGUUUUGAAAUUUAUGUGACUCACUUGGAGUGUUUAUGUAGCCUAAGUGACUUGCUUU